GGUCAUGAACCACGUGCCUUGCGGUUUUCUACUGACCAAAAUACCCUUUGGCCCCUUCCUUCUCUUCUCUCUUAAUUGCUUCCAAAACUUGAAGUGAAAGUGUCACAUACUCCAGCUCAGAAGCAACUCAGCCUCCUCUUUCUUUAACGCAAAUGAAUGAUGAAUGAAUGAGAGUCCUUUAACCCCUGAAACUCUGAUAUUUCUUAACUGCUUCUUCUUCUUGUGUGGCUUAUAUAAAGAGAAGUAGAAAUGGGUAUGGGAACAAGCACCUUUGUUAUCAGAUGGAUCAACUUUCUCACCAUGGUGCUAUACAUGGACAAAGAAUGAAACUUGAUGAAUUUUUGUUCUGGUGCUGCCAUGGUGUUGUGUUUACACUAUCUUGUUAUAUCCACCAUGCAGCUUUUAGCAAUUGCUGUGGUAGUCUUCGGAGUAUGGAUGAGCACUCAUCAUGAUGGCUGUCGGAAAUCCCUCACCCUCCCUGUUUUAGCCAUUGGUGCUGUCAUUUUCUUAGUAUCUAUAAUUGGGUUCUUGGGCGCGCUGAAAAGAAGUUCCAUACUGUUAUGGAUUUAUUUGAUUCUCCUGUGCUUCAUAUUGGUGGGAAUCCUGGUGUUCACAGUAUUAGCGUUCAUUGUCACAAAUAAUGGUUCUGGUCAUAGCGUCGCUGACCUGAGGUUCAAGGAGUAUCAACUUCAGGAUUACAGUUCAUGGUUUCUAAAAGAAUUGAACAAUACCCAUAACUGGAAGCACUUAAAGGGGUGUCUUGUGAAAUCAGAUGAUUGCAAUAACCUAUCAAAGAAGUAUAAGACUCUCAAGAAAUUCAAAUUGGCAAAGCUGACCCCUAUUGAAGCUGGUUGCUGUCGGCCACCGUCUGAAUGCGGUUAUCCUGCUGUUAAUGCCUCAUACUAUGAUUUGAGCUUUCAUCCAGUUAGUUCAAACAAGGACUGCAAACUUUACAGAAAUGCUCGGGACACCAAGUGCUAUAAUUGUGAUUCCUGCAAGGCUGGAGUUGCACAAUACAUGAAAACUGAGUGGAGAGUGGUUGCAAUUUUCAAUGUUGCUCUAUUUGUUGUUUUGUCUCUGAUAUACUUUGUGGGCUGUUGUGCGAGACGAAAUGCUGCAAGAGACCGUUCUAAAACUUAAAAAGAGGAGAGCUACUUUCAGAAGCCCUCUUACUCUCCUAGGGAAGAAAUAGUAUCCCAGAAGUCUGAAGAUCCAUUGGUGCAAGCUGUCAGUGAAUUUUUCCUUUUUCCCUUUUCAUUUAACGAUGAAAUGUUCAGUAAUGCAAUGGGUCAGACUUUCUGGCUAGAGGUUCUCUAUGCCUAAAGUUCUUGUAAACAUGUUCUAUGAUUCUAUUGUAACGAAUUAUAAAAUUUCUUCAUUUUUUUAGCUUUCAGGAUCAAACAUUAUUG